AUGGAGCCUGCAAAAUGCUCUCGAGUAAUGAAUGGCCUUCCUUAUACUCCAGAUGCGCCAAGGACAUGUGAUGGAAUAACAAUCGAUUUGACGCUCCUCGUUCUAAACUAUGAGGAUUCCAUUGGAGAUGUGCAUGAGAACACAAUUCUGGACUCUAGAACCAAUUCAUUCUAA